AUGGGCAUAUCUCCUAGAGCUGCCCUGCUUUCCCUCCUCAGGUCGUGUCUCUGUCCCCGGUGUUUCCCCCGGCUCCUGCUGCGUCUACCGCCGCACCCCCUGGCCCAGCUCAAGAACUCUGUUGCAGCCGUCAAUGUCAUUGACAAGGAGUUAGUGGAAGAGCUUGGGUUAGAGGCAAGGCAGAUGUUACCAAUAGCAAUGAGAAUGGCAGAUGAAUCGAUUGGGCCCCAGAUCACUCAGAAAAUCUUCAUGGACAUUCUAGGUGCUGGACAGGAAAGGCGAAGCAGGGUGACAAACGGCAAAGAACAAUGA